AUGGAUUUGCCGUACCUGUUCAACAGUACAAAGAUUGGUCCCUUUUACCUGAGAACACACCUGGAUUCGGGUAUCCCUUAUCUUGUCUGUAUGGGGGUAAUCAUGCUGACUGGCACCGUCGGGAACAUAUUAGUUGUUGGCGCCGUUCUAACAACAAAGGCAUUACGGACGAUGGGUAACAUAUUUAUUCUGAACUUGGCCUUUGCAGACCUUUGUGUGACAGCUAUUGUUGAUCCCUUCAGUAUCAUCGGUUUCGUUCUUGGGGAGGUAUACUUUGAAGACAAGCCAGCUCUGUGCGAGCUCGUGGCGUGCAUUUGUCUUACUAGCUGCUUCUGCUCCCUUCUCAGUAUUGGUGCCAUCAGCAUAAACCGCUACAUCCACAUCUGCCAUCAUCAGGUCUACCCUAAAAUCUUCACCUUCCGGAACACCGUCCUUAUAACCAUUGGUCUCUGGGUCGUCAGUUUCCUCUGCGAGAUGCCCAACUUUUUCGGCUGGGGAGACCACGUGUACGACAGGAAGACGUUGAGUUGUAUCUACGACAGACUGGCCGACUACAGCUACACUCUAUUUUUUACCAUCGGUGGUAUCAUCACGCCCCUUGUCAUCAUCGCUAUCUGUUAUCUGAGGAUCUAUCUGUUCGUCCGAGGAAGCACCCGCAAAAUCCGGGACACUCAGGAGCAGCACAUGAACCUUCCAAAGAAGGGCAAGAAUGAUUUGAAGUUCGUCCGCACCCUUUUCAUCAUCUUCCUUAUCUUUUCCGUCUGUUGGAUGCCUUACGUAAUCGUGGUUCUAUACGAUAAGCACGACCGCCUCAGCAGUGACGUCCACACCUAUGUCGUCCUCUUGGCGCACAUAAACUCAAGCAUGAACAGCGUUCUCUACGGAAUCACAAACCGACACUUCCGUAUGGCCUACAAACGGCUGCUGUGUAUUGAUAAGUGUUGCAAAAAGAAGCGAAGGAUUUCCGAAGACAACAGUAUCACAAAUAUGGCAACGCAUUGCCCAACUUUUCUCACCUCAAUGGGUGGCUCUCCCAAGGGCGUUUCUUACGCUAACAGGGAUGAACUUCGCUUCUAG